UGUCAAGUCGGCAUUGAUAACUUUCAAGCUCAUUGAUACUUCACCUUGUCUUUGACUCGACUCAAAUAUAGCACCUAAUCACAAGAGAACAAAUUUAACACAAUGUCUGCACCGCGCAUCGUCAGCCGCUUCCUGCGGCCUGCCACGGGAGCAUUCAACACGCGCUCGGCUUCGGCAAUCACCCGUUCCUUCGGUACGACCGGCCUACGCUUCAAGGGCCCAGAGGACGCAUACACUGGCAAGCUCGAGCACUUCACUGGUGGUCGUCAGGACCAGGGCCCUGCGAAACCCGAGUUAGAGGUGGGAGAGAUGGAGGGCAUUACGUUCAAGGUUGAGCCCUUGAAGCGCGCUGGCGAGGAUACUACAACCAUGCGAGCUCGCCUACUAUACCAAAGCCGCAAGCGCGGUAUCCUUGAAUCCGACCUUCUCCUCUCUACAUUCGCCGACGUCUACCUGGGCACCAUGACCCACGCCCAGCUGCAAGAAUACGACCGCUUCCUGGACGAAAAUGACUGGGACAUCUACUACUGGGCCACCCAAGACCCGCCCUCCGAAGUCCCCGAGGCUGCACAGCCUCCUAAGGAGGACACCGUUACGGAGACGUGGAAGAACACCGGCGCUAAGAGCGGCGAGUGGGCACAGACUAUUGGCGCGUUCAAGGCGGCAUAUCGGCCUGUGCCGUCGCGGUGGACGGACUCGGAGGUGUUGCGCUUGUUGAGGGAGCAUGUGCGUGAUAAGAGCGCGACGGGCUUUGAGUCUGCUAAGAAUAAGAAGACUGGUGGUGGUGGUGGUUUGGGACGGAUGCCUGAUGUGCAGGUCUUCAACUAGGAGGGGUCUUGGGGGAUGGAAUGUUGAUUGAGGUUUGUACGAUAUGAUAGAGUUGUUAAGGGUGGAGUAUAUAUGCCCGUGUAUAGUUCUGUUGCAUUGAACGGAUUGUAUUAACAAGAAUGGCGAUG